GCGGAAGUGGGAGGUGUGGGCCGGUGCAAGCGGCUCUGCUGAGGCGAUCUGGCCACGCUGGAGGCUGCGGGCGAGCGGGGUUCGGGGGGCACCCGUGGCACCGUGGAGAGGGCUUCUGGCGCUCCUUCAGCGUCCUCGACGGCUCCAGGGGAGCGUGGCGGGGAUGGGGUACACAGCCGGGCGGCAGCCGGAGCCUCGGCCAUGUUCGCGGGGCUCCAGGACCUGGGCGUGGCCAAUGGCGAGGACCUGAAAGAGACCCUGACCAACUGCACCGAACCGCUCAAGGCCAUUGAGCAAUUUCAGACAGAGAAUGGGGUGCUGCUGCCCUCCCUGCAGUCGGCCCUGCCCUUCUUGGACCUACACGGGACCCCGCGGCUGGAAUUCCAUCAGUCAGUGUUUGAUGAGCUACGCGACAAACUGCUGGAACGAGUGUCAGCCAUCGCCUCUGAGGGAAAGGCAGAGGAGAGAUACGACCUGGAAUGUGUUGGAGGAGAUUCCUCUGUAUGUCCUGCAUGUGGAGACCCACUUUCUCAGCUGUGCAAAUCUGCCCAGGUACAAGAAGUUGGAAGACCUUCUGGAAAAGAGCUUUUCUCUGGUCAAGAUGCCAUCCCUACAACCAGUGGUGAUGUGUGUUAUGAAACACUUGCCCAAGGUGAGAGCUGUGAAGUCAGCCCUCGCAGGGGAGGUUCCUGAGAAGAAGCUGAAGCUGGUGAUGGCUGACAAGGAAUUGUACCGAGCGUGUGCUGUGGAAGUGAAGAGGCAGAUCUGGCAAGACAACCAAGCACUCUUUGGUGAUGAAGUCUCACCGCUGUUGAAGCAGUAUAUCCUGGAGAAAGAGAGUGCGCUCUUCAGCACAGAGCUCUCGGUCCUGCACAACUUCUUCAGCCCUUCUCCCAAGACCAGGCGCCAGGGAGAGGUGGUUCAGAAGCUGACACAGAUGGUAGGGAAGAAUGUGAAGCUCUAUGACAUGGUGCUGCAGUUCCUGCGUACACUGUUCCUACGAACCAGGAAUGUGCACUAUUGCACAUUACGAGCUGAGCUGCUCAUGUCCCUGCAUGACUUGGACGUCAGUGACAUCUGUACUGUGGAUCCCUGCCAUAAGUUCACCUGGUGCCUGGAUGCCUGUAUCCGUGAGCGGUUUGUGGACAGCAAAAGAGCCCGAGAACUGCAGGGAUUUCUUGAUGGCGUGAAGAAGGGGCAGGAACAAGUUCUGGGGGAUUUGUCUAUGAUCCUGUGUGACCCCUUUGCCAUCAACACACUGUCCCUGAGCACCAUCAGGCACUUGCAGGAGCUGGUUAGCCAGGAGACACUGCCCAGGGAUAGCCCCGACCUCCUUCUUCUACUUAGGCUGCUGGCGCUGGGCCAAGGUGCAUGGGACUUAAUAGACAGCCAGGUCUUCAAGGAGCCCAAGAUGGAGGCAGAGCUCAUCACCAAGUUCCUGCCAAUGCUCAUGUCCUUCGUCGUGGACGACUACACUUUCAACGUAGAUCAGAAGCUUCCAGCUGAGGAGAAAGCCCCAGUCACGUACCCCAACACGCUUCCUGAAAGUUUCACCAAAUUUCUGCAGGAGCAACGCAUGGCUUGUGAGGUGGGACUGUACUACGUCCUGCACAUCACCAAGCAGAGAAACAAGAAUGCACUCCUGCGCCUGCUGCCUGGACUCGUGGAAACUUUUGGUGACCUGGCCUUCAGUGACAUCUUUCUCCACUUGCUCACUGGGAGCCUGGCACUUCUGGCUGAUGAAUUUGCCCUGGAGGAUUUCUGCAGCAGCCUCUUUGAUGGCUUCUUCCUCACUGCCUCUCCCAGGAAGGAAAAUGUGCAUCGACAUGUGCUGAGGCUCCUCCUGCACUUGCACCCGAGAGUGGCCCCUUCCAAGCUAGAGGCUUUGCAGAAGGCUCUGGAGCCCACAGGCCAGAGUGGGGAGGCCGUGAAGGAGCUCUACUCCCAGCUUGGUGAGAAGUUGGAGCAGUUGGACCAUCGAAAGCCCAGUCCUACCCAAGCUGCAGAGACGCCAGCCCUGGAGCUGCCUCUUCCCAAUGUGCCUGCUCCAGCUCCACUGUGAGGCUCUAUGGAACUGUUUAGUGGUAGUGCCCCUAUGGAAGGAGGCCUAGUCGGCUAGGAGUGCAGGGCGUGCUGAGGGUUGUUCCUUGGCAAGGUAUUCUCUCCUCUAAGUUGUUCCUCUAGGUCCUCAGUGUCUACUCACACAUCAAGGGGAGACCAUGAUGGUACGGUGGGGCUUGACCCCUGCUUGACCCUGGUGGAGAUGGAUGGUGGUUGGUAUUAAGAAAAAGCCACUUAAUUUCCCAAGAGCAGUGGGUAGAAGCCUGACUGACCUGAUAGUCAGUCUGAACAAAGCCCAAGGAGAAAGGUAUACUGGGUUUGCCAAAGCAGAUUUGCUGGGCCUGUUAUCCUAAGCACAGGAGUGGUGUCCUCCACAGAAGCCAGUUGGAAAGUCUGCAGAGGCCUGAGCCCACUUCUGUCAGCGCAGUCCUUGCUGACUGAGAUCUGCAGACAGAGCCCUUCCUGCAGCUCCCCACCUCAGUGUAUGUACCUUUUUUUUUUUUUUUUUUUUUUUUUUUUUUUUUUUUU